AUGAGGCUAAAGCACAACCCUAUAAUACAGAUAACAAGACAGACUGCAUUAGGAAGGAUACAACCGGUCGUGCGCCUGCGCGGGGAACAUGGCGGCCGCCACAGGGCGGUGGCUGCUGCGCCGAGCGCUGCGUGGGCUGCUGCUCCCGAGCCUCGCGGGCGCCGCCCCGGCCCAGAGCGCGACCUCAGCCUCUCUCACAGCCGGGGCGCGGUCGUCGUGGAGCGCCGGUGGCAGGUGCCGCUGGCCGGAGAGGGCGGGAAGCCGCGCCCCCCGCGACACCGGGUCUACAGGCUGGUAGAAGACACGAAGCACGGGCCCAGGGGCAGCCUGGAGCUCAUCCUCACGCGGUCGGUGGAAGGACUGGGAGUCCGGGGUGACCUGGGCUCAGUGAAGAAAUCUUUGGGCCGGAAUCGACUGCCACCUCCAGGUCUGGCUGUAUAUGCAUCCCCUGAAAACAAGAAACUGUUUGAGGAGGAGAAAUUGCUAAGACAAGAAGGAAAAUUAGAGAAAGUACAGACCAGGACAGGUGAGAUGACAGUGAAAUUUCUGAGACGCUGUCACCUGGAGGUGGGGAUGAAGAACAACGUCAAAUGGGAACUAAAUCCCGAAAUAGUUGCCCGCCAUUUCUUCAAAAAUCUUGGUGUUGUGGUCGCCCCACAGGCAUUAAAGUUACCAGAAGAGCCCAUCACACGGUGGGGCGAGUCCAGGUGUGAGGGGACGGUAAAUGGACUUGACGCUGUGAGAGUACCCAUGUCUGUGGUGAACUUUGAGAGGCCCAAGACCAAAAGAUACAAGUGCUGGUUAGCCCAGCAAGCUGCCAAGGGAAUGGCCCCCACCAACUCCCAGACGAUCUGAACCUUCUCUCCCUCAAAAGCAGAAGAACAGAUUCGGAGGAGCAGUGGAGCAACAGCGGGCCAGCGCCCUGUUACCACUCUCAGCUCUGACCAAAUAAUGAAACGUUAGAGAGCAUAUGGGGACAUCAGCCUAAACUGCGUGCACACAUUGAAUCCUCUGUAUAUCCCACCCCCGACUUUGACCGUUAUCACAUCAGGCCUUCCUGGGACGGUCUUACUCAAGGAGUACCAGGUUGUAGGUUGGAUAAGCUGAAUAUUAAUAGAUGAAAUAGUCUAGAUCCUGUUGAGCCUGGAAUUGUGUUGGAACAAAUGGAAGAGCUAGCUACUGUCUCUAGUACUGGUCUCAUUCUCAUAUAAACUGAACAUUUGUAUCUCAAGAGGAAAUAAAGAGGUUGUGUUCUUUUUUAAAAAUAAAAAUAAAAAUAAUAAAAAAUAAAAGGAUACAACCCAGGAACAGCCAGAUGGAAGAGAUGCCUAGGGCAAAGUAUGUGGAAAGGCACAUGGAGCUUCCAUCACUUCUUCCAGUACUUUCUUUUUAAAAAAUAGGUUAUUUAUUUAUUUGAGAGAAAGAGAGAGUGCACACAUGGAUGAAAGGCAGAGGGAGAGGGAAACAAUUUUAAGAAGACUUUGCACUGAGCUGGGAGUCAACAGGCUCAACACAGGGCUGUAUCCCACAAUCUUGAGACCACCACCUGAGCCACAACCAAGAGCCAGAUGCUCAACUGACAGCACCGCCUAGAUGUCCCACUCUCUCAGUACUUUAAUAUGUUUACCAAAGAGGAAUCAUCAGAUUCUCAAAGGAGUUCCAAACCACAGGAGCUUAUCACUAUUUAGGACCAAACAUGCAAAUAUUCUCAAAAUUUAUUGCAUAUGAGUCAUCCAACCUUGAUUCCAAACCAGAUAGACUGAUACAGAAAAAAAUAUGUCUAAUGAACAUAAAUGCAAAAGUAUUAAAGUAUUCAUGUAUAAAAGCUUCCCAUGUCUAAGAGAGAUCGUAUACCAUCAUAAAGUUCAAUUAACACAGAAACUCAGUAGUAUGAUGGUAGCAAAUUAGGAAAUGUCACUCCCACAAUAAAUAUGUCCUUCCCAUUCUAAUAGGCAAAUAUGAUAACUUGAAUAUGCUAAGGCCUUUGGAAAUAUUAUCAAUAAAAUAGCAAAAGCUUACUAUCUUCACUUUUAUUCAACCUAGGAAGUCUUAGUGCAAUAAAACAAGGAGAUAAACAAGGAUUAAAACCCAAGACUAUCAUUAUUUGCAUAUGUUUUGGUUGUUUACACAUAAAAUACAAACAAACCUAUAAAUAAGUUAUUGAAAUUAAUAACUGAGCAAUUAACAGUUGAAUAAGUUUACUGGAGAAAAAGUAUACAAAACUAGUUGUGUUUUUAUUUACCAGAAUUAAACUGAAAAUAACAAUAGUAAUAGGAUGUUAUUGAUAAUAGGGUAGAUUCUACAUAAUAGAUGGAUUCCACAUAAGCAUAAUUACAUUCUUGUAACAUUCUGGGAAUGUGAAAAGAGACUAUUUAAAAGAUAUCAUCAAAGUACAUAUGUUAUGAUACCACUGAUAUCAAUUAUUUAAAUGCAUAUGAUUAUUGCAUAAAUAUCUGCACAAGAUUGUGGUGAUUCAAUAAGUUAAUGGCAGUUAUCUCUGGCUACCAAGAUCUCAGAUAAAUUUUACUUUCUCGUAAUACCAAGUAUUCAAUUUUGUCCGAAAUUAGCUUUUGCUGUAUACCUAACUAAAAACUAGAAAAUAGGUAUAAUAUCAUUGCAAAGCAAAACUCAAAAACCUGCAAGGUACUGUGAAAAUUUAUUUAUCAUCAUGACACAUUGUUUCUUUUUUUUAAACUAAAACAAUUUAUGUGGUUAAAUGGUUGCUGAUAACAAGCACUGCAAUUUAUAUCAUUCUGAAAAUAAAUUUGUUCCCAAGAACAUAAGCUAAUGUUACUCAUCCUACUUUGAUCUGUUUCAGAAAUCACAGCAGAGAGUGACAUACAUAAGAAUAUAGCAAAGUCCUUUGCAAGCUGAAAAAAAUGAAUUCCUUAAUGAGGGGAGAGUAAACACCGGAGAAACCAUCCCACCAGAAGGGUCAUUUAAGCUGGGACACUGAUAAAAUUUGGAGAGUCACCUGUGAGAAGAGAUAUCUGAUCCUGCCAAAAGAGAAUACAGAAAGAAGACAGCCAAGGAUAGAAACCUAGCUAAUAUCAACACUGAGAACCCCUAACAGAGUCAUAUAUAUAAAAUCAGUAAGAUACUCUUUUGUGGAAAGAAAACAUGCCAGUGAACAAGGAGUGUAACUGAGUCCACAUGGACACACAGCAAGCUAAUAAUCAUGAAGCAAGAUGCUGGUGUAAGGAAAUCAACUUUAUUUGGAAAACCAGGAAUCUGAUGGUGGAAUAUUGUCCUAAAGAACCGUCUUCCCUUGGCCUGAAAUUCCAGCUUGUUUUAUGUUAGCCAAAGAAGGAGCUGGGAAGGGGUUGGGAUCACAAGAUAACUGAAAUCUCUAGACAUCUGAGGAAGGUCGUAUUACUUCUUUGGACUUGGUUCUUUUAAAUCUGCCUCAUUGGAACUUUUUAGGAAUUUCAGUUCAGACUUCUAACAGCCUUUUAAAGACAAGAGCCAAGCCAGAUAUCUGCCAUAAGAUUCGCCUGCAAUACCUGUGUUGGUGAUUUGAGUGAAUCACUCUCUUCUCAAGGUCCCCAAAAUAUCUUGAGGUUCCUGCACCUGCCAGGAAGUGACAUUCUCUACUCACCUAGUAGGACUACUGGGAACUCUAUAGUAAAGUAUCACACUGAUUUUUUUUCCACCAGGCCUUAUUUGGUUGCAUAAAGGCAACCUUAGCUCCUUAAAGAUGUCUGAUCAUCUCCAAGUCUGUGUAUGUGUCCCACAAAUAUGACAUUCCAGUCAAAACCUUGGUAAUAAAGCAGUUUUCAGUGGUGUCCUGUUACAAGGAGAAUAGUUUCUUAUUGAAUUAUGCAAAUGAUUAUAAUUGCCAUGAAAGAAAGAAUACUCACUGAGAGUUUCUCAAUUCUGGAGAGUUCAGGUAGGGAGAAAAGAUAAAUGUUUUAAUAUGUGCACAAAGGAAUAUUCUAUCAAAUUUCUGUAAGUCAUAGAUAGCUUAAGAGAAAGUUUCCUUAAAUCUGAAAGAAGAAAUAUUAAAAAGUCAGCAAUGUUUCAAAUGAAAGUCAUAAAAACUAUCAUUUUUCUCAAUUUACUUAGUCCCAUGUAGCUAACUAAUUCUUGUUCUG